GCUGGGGUCAGCACCAUGCAGCUCAAUUUCAGCAACCUUAGGGCCCUGGUGACAGGAGCAGGGCAAGGGAUUGGACGCCACACUGCCAAGGCCCUGCACGCUUCAGGGGCCAGGGUGGUGGCCCUGAGCCGCACCGGUGCCAACCUGGUCAGCCUCUCUGAGGAGUGUCCUGGGAUAGAGACUGUGUGUGUGGACCUGGGUGACUGGGAGGCCACGGAGCAGGCGCUGGGCGGCGUGGGCCCCGUGGACCUGCUGGUGAACAAUGCCGCUGUGGCGUUGCCACAGCCCUUCCUGGAGGUCACCAAGGAGGCCUUCGACAGGUCUUUCAGCGUGAACCUGCGGUCUGUGUUCCAGGUGUCCCGGAUGGUGGCCCUUGGCAUGAUCGAUCGCAGAGUGCCUGGCUCCAUUGUCAAUAUCUCCAGCAUAACAGCCUACGUCACCUUUCCCAACGUGGCUGUCUACAGCUCCACCAAGGGUGCGAUGACCAUGCUGACCAAAACUAUGGCCUUGGAGCUGGGGCCACACAAGAUCCGGGUGAACUCCGUGAACCCUACCGUUGUGCUGACAACGGCCAUGAGCAAACAAUGCUUGAGCAACCCCGAGUUCCUCCGGAAGAUUAAGGAGCGGCACCCGAUGAAGAGGUUUGCAGAGAUGGAGGACGUGGUCAACAGCAUCCUGUUCCUGCUCAGCGACCGCAGCGCCUCCACCAGCGGCUCCAGCCUGCUAGUGGACGCCGGGUACCUGACUUCUUAGAGCAGCCUGGUAGUGCGGACUGCCCCGCGGUCCUCCGCUCCUCCCCGCCCGGCCUCCCCCCGUGGCCCCGCCCCCGCCCACGAGGCCACGCCCCUGGCCACAUUUUUUAUCAGCAGCUGCGUCUCCUCGGCCCCGCCUCCCAACCUCUACUCCACCGCCCCGCUUCUGGCCAUGCUCCUCCGCCUGCCCUACCUGGCUGCCCCGACACUCCUCCCUUGUUGCCCUCCACCACAGACUGUGACCUCGGCUGUACUGGGGUCGACUCGCCUAAAUAAAUAAACGGAGGCCAUGUUCCCGGAA